UUAGUUUCAUUUUUGUGCUGUGUCUGGCAACUACUCCUAAAGCUCAAGGUUUCCUCACUGGAUACUGCUCACUGAAAUAUCAUCUCUAUCUCUGUAAAAUGGGCAACAUAAAAAGUUUAAGGAGAAACAUACAUAAAUACCUCGAACAGGUCGUUUUAGAACCAGAUAAGAUAACAAUGGCACCAAACACAUCAAUGCCCACCGGUGUUCUUCACGAACAUGAUGACGAGGUCCAAGCAAAAAUGAUUCCUCCGGAAAUUGUAAAACCAAGCGAGCGCAAACUUGAAUUGGUUUGGCGUAACAUUAUCCUUUUUGCUUAUCUUCACCUGGUAGCGCUGUAUGGAUUUUAUCUGAUGUUAGCGUCUGCGAAAGUAUUUACGACGAUAUUGGCUGUAGUGUUAUAUAUUUGCGGUGGUCUGGGAAUAACAGCUGGUGCUCACAGACUGUGGGCCCACCGUUCCUAUCAAGCAAAAUGGCCAAUGAGACUUAUCCUUACCAUCUUUAAUACUUUAGCAUUUGAGAACUCAGUGAUAGAAUGGUCCAGAGACCACCGAGUACACCACAAAUUUAGUGAAACCGACGCAGAUCCGCACAACGCCAAAAGAGGAUUUUUCUUCUCUCACAUUGGUUGGCUACUCUGUCGCAAACAUCCUGAAGUCAAGAGCAAAGGUAAAGGAAUCGACAUGUCCGAUCUGGAACAGGAUCCUAUUUUGGCUUUCCAGGACAAACACUACCUUUUGCUCAUGCCUUUAACCUGCUUCGUAAUUCCCACCAUGAUACCAAUGUACUUCUGGAACGAAACUUUCUUCAAUGCUUUUUGUGUCAACAUUUUCAGAUAUGUAUUCACACUGAACGCUACUUGGUUAGUUAAUUCUGCUGCACACAUGUGGGGUGACAAACCCUAUGAUAAAUUCAUUAACCCUUCCGAAAACGUCUCUGUUUCUAUCUUCGCCUUAGGUGAAGGCUGGCAUAACUACCACCAUACCUUCCCAUGGGACUACAAAACUUCCGAAUUAGGCAAAUACAGUACCAACCUUUCAGCAGCCUUCAUUGACUUCUUCGCUAAGAUCGGCUGGGCGUACGAUCUAAGAACCGUCUCCAUGGACAUGAUCAAAAAAAGAGUACAACGUACCGGAGAUGGAACCCACGAAAUCUGGGGAUGGGGAGACAAAGACCAACGUAAAGAAGACUAUGAUGAGGCCACGAUCUUGUACAGGAAGGAUUAUUAAUAGGAAUGCUAGUGAAUGAUAGUGAAACAAUAUACAGUAGUCGUGAUUGUAGUAAACACUGAAAAUGUUACUAAAAUUUUUGAGUUGCGUCCGGAUGUUACUUGUACAAUUUGAAAUUUUUACUAAUUUUAUGAAUAGUUUAGCAUUAAAAAAACUUUUUGAUAGAACAUCCGGUAACGCUGAGAUACAAUCUCAGAACACAAAAAUUAUAAGUAAUACAUGUAUAGUUACAUAGAACCUUGAUAUUUUCAUGUUAAAAUUUGAAAUAAAUAUAUCUUAUUUAUGUUAAAAGACU